AUGUCGUACCUCAUCCUCGACUACACGAGCUCCCAGGUCGCCGAGAAGCGCCAGGAGUCGCUCGCCAGCAUGUGCGACGAGCGCGCGCGCAUGCUCCAGUACCAGGUUAACGUCAGCAUGAACAGCCUCCAGGCGCUAGCCAUCCUCAUCUCCACCUUCCACCACUCCAAGAACCCUUCCUCUGCCAUCGACCAGAUGACGUUCUCGAGGUAUGCGGAGAGGACGGUGUUCGAGCGGCCGUUGACGAGCUGGGUGGCGUACGGGGUGACUGUCAACCGCACCGAGCGCCAGCAGUUCGAGCGCCAGCAAGGAUGGAGGAUCAAGAAGAUGAACUCCUCCAAGACCAAGAAGCGGUCGCGGGGACCAGGGAACGCCGUGGACGCCGAGGUGCUGGAGCCGGCGGAGGAGUACGCUCCCGUAAUCUUCGCGCAGAACACCUACAAGCACGUCAUCUCCUUCGACUUGCUAUCCGGCGCCGAUGACCGCGACAAUGUACUUCGAGCUAGAGAAUCUGGCAAGGGUGUUCUUACUGCUCCUUUUAAGCUUCUCAAUAAUCAUAUCGGAGUGAUCUUUACCUUCGCCGUGUACAAGUACGAGCUUCCCCAAAAUGCCAGGCCACAGGAGCGCAUUCAGGCUGCAAUAGGCUAUUUAGGUGGCAUAAUUUACAUUGAAGCGCUUGUUGAUAAGCUGCUUCACGAGGUCGCGGUCAAGCAAUCCAUCAUGGUGAACGUGUAUGAUACUACUUAUGAGAGACCACUCAGUAUGUAUGGUUCGAAUUAUACAGGCAGUGACAUGUGCCAUGUCAGCACACUGAACUUCAGUGACCCGUCAAGGAAGCAUGAGAUGCACUGCAGGUUCAUUCAGAGCCCACCUUGGCCGUGGAUGGCAAUAAUGUCACCAAUUGGAACUCUUGUGAUUGCUUUACUGAUUGCAACGGCAAUAACGUCAUCAGUUGGAAAUCUUGUGAUUGCUUUACUGAUUGCAAAACGCAUUGCCAGAGUUGAAGAUGAGAUGAUUGUGCUCAAGAUGCACGCAGAGGAUGCAGAUAUUGCCAAGUCACAGGUCAUUAGCUCCACUGUGGAGCUGGAGCAGGAUGAGAUUGUGGACCACGUGGAGGAGAAGCUGGAUGAGGCAGAGAGGAAAUUGGAGGAGGUGGGGAUGAGGUCCAUGUUAAUUACCAUGGUUAAUAAGAAAUUAACGAGUGUUAGCAUUCACAGUUUACCUUCUCGGUUUUGCUACUUGAACAAAAAGGUAGUGAGCGUUAGCCUUCUUGGAUUGAUGCUCUACAUUCUUGUCAUCGGUGCUUUUGAUCUGCCAUUCAAUCAGAGUUUGUCUCGUGGUAGGCUGUUGAUUGAUACACUCGAUGUGGAGAAUAGUGACAUGGUCAGUGUUGAUCUAAGAAAGAUGACAGGGAUAAUGACAGUUCUGGGCAGCAGCAGCAGUGGUAUUCACACAUCUCAAGCAAAUAUCAGGCUACAGAGAUGCAAAAUGGAACAGUACAAGAUUGUACUUGAUCUGGGCUCUGCUUUGCUCUACCUCCACCGGGACUGCGAGAAAUGCAUUGUGCACGGAGACAUCAAGCCUGCAAAUGUAAUGCUUGAUGUGUCAUACAAUGCUAAGCUUGGUGACUUUGGGCUAGCAAGGCUUGUCGAGCAUGGGGAAGAGCCACGAACAAUGCAAGUUAUCGCAGGGACACCGGGAUAUGUUGACCCAGAGUUCAUAGCCAACCGCUGGCCUCGCACCGAAGUGGAUGUCUACAGCUUCGGUGUUGUCCUCCUGGAGAUCGCUUGUGGCAAACGGCCGGCAUGGAGGCAGCCAAAUGGAGCUUCAUCACUACUAGCCUGGGUCAUUCGUUUGCAUGACCAGGGCAUGAUUCUUGAUGCAGCAGACCAGAGGCUCAACGGCGAGUUCGAUCAGCAGCAAAUGGAGCGUGUGCUCGUUACGGGCCUCUGGUGUGCGCAUCGAGACCCGAUCCAGCGACCGUCCAUCGAGCAAGCUAUGGAUGUUUUGCGAUAUGCAGAUGCAGAGUUGCCAGUGCUUCGUGCAGUGUAUGAUGAACGGCACAUUCGAGCCAUGGAGGAACAAGCUUAUGGCGACCUGCCAGUCGGGGAUCGUUCUGUGCAUGCAGUGAAACACAAGUACUUACUUUACUUACAAGGAUUCAGCUUAUCUGCUUGCAGAAGGAUGACGGAUUCUGUCUUGUGGAUAGCAACAUCAUGUCUGGAUGCUUCUGUUCGGAUUGUUUUGUCAAAGAGCCUACCUGCUGAUAUGAACACAUCAAUAUUUAUUCAAACUUGUGUGCCGUAUUUGUUUUUAUAA